AUGACGGAGAUCAUGGAAGCAUUCGAGGCAGGACUCUGGAAACUACCAGACAUGAGUGGAAUCAUCAGGGAAGAGAUCAAGAUCCCUACUCGUGACGGAGAUUCCAUUCGCAGCGUACAUUAUCGUCCCGAAUCGCAGGAACCCGGCCCGCUCAUCCUGUACUUUCACGGUGGCGGCUUUGUUUGUGGCAGUCCUGAGCAAUGGGAUAGCCAUGUUGCAAUGCUCGUCCGGGAUCUUGGUGCUGUCGUUGUCAGCGUGGAUUACAGGAUGGCGCCUGAGAAGACGUUUCCAACAGCUCACCACGAUGGGUAUGAUGCUUUGAAAUGGGCCGCCGAGAACGCAUCUACGCUCAAAGCAGAUCUCGAGAAGGGAUUCAUCGUGUCGGGCUGUUCGGCGGGUGGAAGCAUAGCUUCUUACAUCUCCCAUCAAGCUGUAGAUGACGGACUUUCGCCACCAUUGACGGGGGUAAUUCUAACCGUCGCUAACCUGGUGCAUCCAGAUAUGAUGCCAGAGGAAUAUAAGGCUCACUGCAAAUCCUGGGAGCAAAACAAGGACGCCAUGGUCCUAGAUCAGAGAGGCAUGAGAUGGUUCCUAUCUCAUUACAAGCCUGACCCUAAUUCACCUUUGGUGAAUGCUUUGAACUGGCCCAGUGGCCAUCAAAGGCAGCCUCCUACAUAUUUCCAGAUUUCUGGUAUGGAUCCAAUAAGGGAUGACAGUCUCAUCUAUGAGAGCCUGCUGCAAAACAUUGGAGUGCCAACCAGGACAACCAUUCUGAAGGGAUUGCCACAUGCCGCAAUCGAUUAUUUCCCCAUGCUGUCCCAGGUACAAAAUUCAGUGAAUGAAUUGAAGCAAGCAGUUGAAUGGAUGGUUGCAGAGAAAGCGAAGCAGGCAUGA